AUGGGCGGGGAGGAAGACAACAAGAAGAAGGGCGAUGCCCGUGUGGAGUGGGUGCUCAAACGCCUGAGCACACUACUGGGGACCAGGCCAGAGAAGGUGGACAAGUUCUUCCAGGCUUUCCAGGCUGAUCAGACGUCUGCAGCGGCACUGAACCGAUUCCUUGACGACGUCGAAUGCACAUUCUGUGCAUUUUAUCCAACAGGGGAGUCAGUCACAGCCAAUAGCACCGACAUACCGAGUGCCAACCAGAUGAAGAAGAAAUUCGUCAUGAUGCACAGGUCGCGCCCGGAGCAGAUCAUUGGCAUGGACAACAUCGGCGAUUCUGUCAUCCUCGUCGAGAUCACGAAGAACGUGAUGGACCUGCUGAGUGUGUACUGCCAGUCUGUCUACCUCUCCACGCUCACAAACCCAGCCAACCAGAGGGGCUGGUCCGACCUGAUCGCGAAGGAUCUCAUGGACAAGUACCACGUGUUCCUCGCGAACCUCCACGUGACCGUGGGCCUCAUGAAGGGCCACACGUGGCUGCCGCAGCCGCCCAGGGAUGCGCUGCCCAGCAGUGGGACACCCGGCGCCAGCGGUGGCAAUAGCUCCAGUAUGGGGAGCAAGGACCGCGUCCACGUGCUCGAGGGCGCGGUGAUUACGUGGACGAAGCAGAUCCGCCAUGUCCUGAAGCAGGAUCCAGAGAUGCUCCUGAAGGAGGGCCGCGACCCCGAGCCCAGCGCCGAGUUGCUCUUCUGGAAGAACAAGGCCGCGAACCUGAACUCGAUCCACUCCCAGCUAGGCAUGGACGCCUUGAAGAAGGUGCUCAAGUUUCUCGAGACGAACAAGAGCACCUACACCACGCCAUUCUCGCGGCUGCAAAAAGAAGUGGAGGAGGCUCGGGAGGAGGCCAAUGACAACGUCCGCUUCCUCGCAACUCUGACCAAGGACAUCGAUAAACUCAUGAAUGAGAGCGCCGACUUCGAGACUCUAGACAAGCUGUUCGACAGCGUGCUGCACAAAAUUCUGCUCAUCUGGCGUUACUCGAAGUUCUACAACACGCCCACUAGGCUAGCGGUCCUGAUCCGAGAGAUUUGCAACACCAUCAUUACCCAGGCCACUCGGUACAUCAGCGGGCCAGACGUUUUCUCCAUGAUCUCCAGUGAGGAGGCAGGUGAAUGCUACGACAAGCUGGACCGCACCCUGCAGGUCUGCACGGCUUUCAAGGACACCUACGUGCUCUACCGCGACAUCGCGGCUGCCCAGGGCGGGGACGGCUGGAAGAUGAAGAACGAUGCCUUGUUCGUGCGUCUGGACGCUUUCCGCGAGCGCUGCAGGGAUGCGCUGGACUUCACCCGCACCGUGAUGCAGUUCACGAAGCUCGAGCGCAUCGAGAUAGGGGGCACCAAAGGCAGCAUGCUCUCGCUCUCGGUGGAAGCCAUCAGGGAGGAGUUCACGGCUGCCGUGGACAAGUUCAAGGCCGUGCCUUACGACAUCAUGAACGUGGGCGAGCGCCAGUUCGACCACGACUUCUUCCAGUUCCGUGCUGACGUGAAGGAGUUGGACCGCAGGCUUGGCAGCCUGUUUGGUUCCGCUUUCGACGACUUGGAUACUUUGCAGGGCAGGCUGAAGCUUUUUGACAACUUCGAGGGGCUGCUCGAGCGUCCCAUCAUCCAGGCAGAACUGGAGAAGAAACACAAGGCGCUUCUCAAGCAGUACCAGCAGGACCUGUCCGAGGUUGAGACCACCUACAUCGAUAACAGGGAGAAGGUGGACGAGUGCCAUGACGAUGCCCCGAUCUUCCAGAAUCUGCCCCCUAUGUCGGGCGCAAUAUAUUGGGCGCGCAGCCAGCGAAACCGCAUCACCGAGCCUAUGGGGAAACUGAUGCUCUACAAUGCGACGCUGAGAGAGACACCAGAGGAGUUCCGCGAGGUUGAGAAGCAGUAUUCGAACUUGCACAAGAUGUUGGAGGCAUACGAGAUUCAGCGCUACCAGAGCUGGGAAGAGAAAGAGGUAGACGUCGCCAAGGAGAAACUGAAGAUGCGCUUGUUGCGACGGCAGGAAAAGACAGGCUUGCUCAAGGUAAAUUUCGACGAUGCACUCAAGAGACUAUUACGCGAGGUACGCUUCUUCCUCAUCUUCGACAUCGAGGUGCCAGGAUCUGCGCAGACAAUGUUCAACCAAGCGCCUGUGUACCGGCAGUGGGUUGGGCAGCUCGAUUACAUUGUGCAGAUGUACAACUCUGUGCUCACAGAGUUGCUACCAGUGGAGGAGCCUCUGAUGGAGGAACGCAUCACCAAGAUGGACGCGACGCUCUCCCCGGGCCUCACGGACCUGAAAUGGCGCAGCGAGGCUCAGAUCCCAGAGUUCAUUGAGGUAGCCAUGAAAGUAGUCACCGACGUGUCUAGCGUGGUCGAGAUCCUGAAGCAGAAUUUGCGCAACAUCUCAAGAAUUCUUUCGAACUGGUGCAAGGAGCCCAUCAUUGAGAGAAAGCGGGGCGCAAAGCCGAUGCCGAUGGAUGCGUUCGAUCUCCAGCACAAAGAGCGCGUGGGAGUCCGAAUGAUGGCCAUGACGGAGGGCGGCAAGGAGAUCCACAAGUUCCUGAAGGACUCCAGCGAGGCCCUCAAGGUCUCCAAGACGGAGAAAAUCUGGAAGUCGUACGUCGAUUUUGUGAACAACAUCGUGAUCGAGGGCUUCGUCGCCUCCAUCGCGGUUUCGCUACAGAAUCUGUGCGAGAUCUUGGACCCUCUCUUUAUCGAGCGAAGGGGCGAGCUGCCGCUUUUCGACGUCAAGAUCGAGCUUCAGAACGAGAUCGUAUUCGACCCGCCGUUCCGGCACUUGAACGGCGACCCUUCCCUGAGAAAGACAAUCGACGAUUGGCUCAAGGACUUCUUCGGCACCGUGACGUGCAUGGCACGUCUGGACAUGUCAGCUGGCGACUACCUGAACGAGAUCCGUGAGCACUUCCAGAUGCAGAGUCUGUUGUCGCUCGUCUCUGACAACAUCGACAAUACGGAGGAGAAGUGCAUGGAGUACCGCCAGUCGUUCAUGCAGCACUCUUUCCUUUGGGCGGAUUCGAUCGAUAAAUCUUUUGAGAAGUUCUUGAACGAGAACGCACACGAUCUUGUUGAAGGAGAGAUGGAGGAAGGCAUGGACUUCCGCACCAUCAUGGACCGCAUAAAGGUGGACAUCGGUCGACCCAUCCCCAAGUUACAAGAAUUCGAUAAAAAGAUUGAGUUCUUCUCGAAGAUGAAGCAGGACCUGACCAACAUCAAGACCCCCGAAGAUAUCCACUGGCUGCGCAUCAACGUGCAGCCCGUGAAGAUUGCGUUGGUGAAGUACGCGAAGUCUUGGGAGGAUAAAUAUACAGUUUUCCUGAAGGAUUUCACCGAGUCUAGGAUCAAGACGCUCGUUGAUUUCAUCGACAAGCUCAGGGUGGGCCUCGGCUCGAAGUCACCCGUGGAGGAGCCAGAAAACGAGAAGCUGCUUUACGCUGUGAUGACAUACAUCGCAGACGUCAAGCUGGCAAAGUCUGCAGUGAGCAGCCUCUUCCAGCCCAUCAGGGAAUUAUGCCACCUCCUCAAGAAGCACCAGAUUGUCCCUGCAGGGCUCCAGGAGUUGGAGCACGCGCCCUCCAAGUGGGACGAGGUGAUCCGUCUAGCCUACGACGAGAAGGAGAAAAUCUUGCCCCUUCAGAACGAAGAGAGCAUCAAGAUCAGGAGCAAGAUCGACCACUUCGGUAUGGAGGUGGCAGCCUUCCGAAAGCAGUUCCUGACAGAGUGCCCCUUCGACGAAACGAAUGCCAAAACGCGCGAUUACGACAAGAGUUACAACGCCAUCAACGAGUGGUACGUGAAGACCCAGGACAUCAGAGCGCGGGCAGGCGAGUACAACGACCUCGAGAUGCUGUUCGACAUGGCCAUGUCCAACUACCGUGAUCUGAAAUACUGUUUCGAAGAGCUCGUGCUGCUGAAGAACUUAUGGGAUGGGGUCUCGCUCGUCCUGGAUACUUUUGAAAACUGGAACGACAUCCUCUGGGAAAAGAUCGACACCGACGGGCUGGUGGCGACCGUACGCGACUUCCAGAAUCAGGUCAAGAACAUGAACAAGUUGGUGCGAGGUUGGAAGCUGUACAAGUGGCUCCAGGACGAAGUGAAGAACAUGGCCACUGUGCUGCCGCUCAUCAAUGACCUGCACAGCGACACGAUGGCCGACAGGCACUGGACGUCGCUGAUGACAGUGACGCAAACCACGUUCGACAAGGGCCCAGAAUUCUGCUUCAAGAAUCUACUCGACUUGCACCUUCACCACUUCGCGGACGACGUGUCGGAGAUCGUCGACCAAUCAGUCAAGGAAGCUAAAAUCGAGAAGAAGUUACUCAGAAUCAGCAAGGACUGGGCCAAGAUGCAGGUCACCUUCGACACGUCGAACCCCGAGUGCCCACUGCUUGGUGAGCUCGGGGAGAUCCUCGAGCGCCUCGACGGCGACUCCCUCGAGAUGAUGGGUAUGACAUCGCAGGGCCGUUUCAUCGAGUUCUGUAAGCCGUUGGUGGACGAGUGGAGUGGCAAGCUUCGCACAGUCGACUCCGCCCUCACCGUCUGGCAGAAGGUGCAGGCCAACUGGUGCCGCCUGGAGCCCAUCUUCAUGCAGAGCGACGACAUCCGGUCCCAGUUGCCCGAGGACGCGAAGCGCUUUGAGCAGAUGGACAAUCAAUGGAAGGACCUGAUGCUCGACGCCUCUGGAUCCCACCUCAUCGUGGACAUUUGCUGCUUCGAGGGCCGGGAGGACGCGCUCACUCAAAUCAGCGAGGGCAUCGACACGUGCGAAAAAUCGUUGAACGAGUAUUUGGAGCAGAAGAAGAAGAUCUUCCCGCGCUUCUACUUUGUGGCCAACCAGGCGUUGUUGGACAUCCUAUCGAACGGAAACCGCCCUCUGAAGGUCGCCGAGUACCUCGGAGAUAUGUACGAGGGGGUCAAGACGCUGAACUUCGAGAAGGAUCCCAGUACUGGAAAGAUCGUCUCUGGCAUCCUCGCCAAGGAUGGCGAGAAGGUGCCGUUCAUGGCAGACCUCGUUCUGGACGGCGCGGUGGAGAACUACUUGGUUGCCAUGGAAGCGCACUUCCGCAUGCAGCUGCGCGAGAUUCUCGAGCAGGCAAAGGCCACAGCCGAUUGGGACAUGGACGGUUCGAAGCCUCGCGAGUUCUGGCUCGAGGACUACUGCGCGCAGCUCGCCUUGGUGGGCACGCAGAUCAUGUGGACAGAGGAAACGGCCCGUGCGUUCGAGGAGAUCGAGAGUGGCAACGAGAACGCCAUGAAAGAGUCUAAGAAAGUCAACGACGAGCGCAUUGAGAAGUUGAUCAAGCGCGUGCAGACGCCACUCGACAAGGAGACGCGCAACAAGAUCAUCACCAUCAUCACUAUUGACGUGCACUCCCGUGAUGUCAUCGAAGACUUCGUGGUCAAGCGGAUCACGGAUUCUUCUGACUUCAAGUGGUUGCAGCAGCUGCGUUUCUACUGGACCCACUGCCCCCAGAACUCGAACUUGGUUUCUUAUACGCCGGAGGAUCAGAAGACAUGCGUCAUCAAGAUCUGCGAUUGGACCACGAUUUAUUGCUACGAGUACGUUGGCAAUUGUGGCCGCCUUGUGAUCACACCGCUCACUGACCGGUGCUACAUCACACUGACGCAGGCGCUCAACUUGACGCUUGGCGGUGCGCCCGCAGGUCCCGCAGGGACAGGCAAGACGGAGACCACCAAAGAUCUGUCCCGAGCCAUUGGCUUGCAGAUCGUUGUGUUCAACUGCAGUGAUCAGAUGACUUAUCAGACAAUGGCACAGAUCUUCAUGGGCAUCGCCCAAACUGGGUGCUGGGGAUGCUUUGACGAGUUCAACCGUAUCUCCAUUGAGGUGCUCUCGGUGAUUUCUACACAGUACAAGACGAUCUUGGAUGGCAUUCGGCAGAACUUGACAUCACUGAACUUCAUGGACGAAGAGAUUCGAUUGAUCAACACGAAUGGCGCAUUCAUCACCAUGAAUCCGGGGUACGCCGGGCGCACCGAGCUGCCAGAAAAUUUGAAGGCACUCUUCCGGUCCGUUGCCAUGAUUGUGCCAGACUUGCGCUUCAUUUGCGAGAACAUGCUGAUGUCCGAGGGUUUCAUUAAGGCCCGCCCGUUGGCGAACAAGUUCGUGCAGCUCUACGCGUUGUGCAAAGAACUCCUGUCGAAGCAGAUGCACUACGAUUGGGGUCUCCGGGCAGUCAAGUCCUUGCUUCGGCAGGCUGGAGGGCUCAAGCGUGCCGAGCCAGAGUCUGACGAGAAUCCUGUACUAUGCCGUGCUUUGCGCGACUUCAACACGCCCAAGAUCACUACAGGUGACAUGCCCAUUUUCCUGCGGCUCAUCCAGGACCUCUUCCCUGGCAUUUGGCCGAACCAGUUCGAGAACCCCGACUUCGAGCAAGUUUGCGUGCGCAUCGCCAAGCAACGCGGCCUGCAGCCGGAUGCGCAGUUCAUCAUCAAGACGGUCAGCAUGUUGGGAAUAUUGGAGGUCAGGCACUGCAUGUUCAUCAUCGGGCCCACAGGCUGUGGGAAAACCGAGGUGUGGAAGACGCUCAUGGAAGCGCUCAAGGAAACGGGCAGCGACGGGAUGUGGGAGCAGGCCAACCCGAAAGGCGUCACGUCCGACGAGCUCUACGGUACCAUGUCAAAGACAAAGGAAUGGAAGGACGGCCUCAUCGCCGUCAUCAUGCGUAACAUGAGUAAGGAAAUGAACGGGUACAAGUCCACACACCAGAACAAGUGGGUCAUUCUGGAUGGCGAUAUUGACGCUACCUGGAUCGAGUCCAUGAACACGGUCAUGGACGACAACAAGGUUCUCACCCUGGUGAGCAACGAGCGCAUUCCGUUCACGCCCAGCAUGCGCAUGAUUCUGGAGAUUCAGGAUAUGAAGCAUGCGAGUCCAGCGACAGUGUCACGCGGCGGCGUACUUUUUGUCAACGAGACCGACAUAGGCUGGAAGCCGUUCAUGGAGAGUUGGCGCGAGAAGAUGGACCCGGUGCCGCAGAACACCUUCUAUUUGCUAUUCAACAACUAUUUUGAAUCACAGAUAGAAUCGAUCCGAAAGUCGUUUGGCUUUUCUUGCCCGAUCUAUGACAUGGGCUUCGUCCAGUCGAUCACCGCCUUCGUGGACGCUCUGCUUGAACACAACACGAAGGAAAAUUUGGAGGCCUUCCGGACGAUGGGCACCGAGGAUCUCAAGCUGGCCUACGAUGCCAUUUUCGCGUUCGCCUUGAUGUGGUCCAUCGGAGGGGCCGUCGCGGACGACAAGGUGACAAAUCACCGCAAGAAUUUCAACUCGUUCAUGAAGGGUCUGUCAAAGGUCAAGUUCCCAGAUGUUGGUGAUUGCUUCGACUAUUUCUUCGACCCGAAGGCCAGGGAAUGGGUCUCGUGGGAAGACAAGGUGCAGGCGUACGAGCCGAUCGCUGACAGAAUGUACCAGAAUAUAGUCAUCAGCAAUAUGGAGCUGGAGCGCAUGAAGUACGUGUUCGACCUUCACGUCAAGGUCAAAAAGCCGGUGUUGUACGUUGGAGUUGCUGGGACUGGGAAGACGACGAUUGUUAAGGACUUCCUUGCCGACCUGAAGGCGAAGACUGAUGAUUUCAUGAGCCAGUCGAUCAACAAUAACAACUACACCACCUCCCUCCGCCUCCAGAGCAUUAUCAUGAGCUCCCUGGACAAGCGGUCCGGCAAAACGUAUGGCCCGCCUGCGAAUAAGAAGUGCAUCUUCUUCAUCGACGACAUUAAUAUGCCAUACGUCGACAAGUACGACACCCAAUCGGCGAUCAUGCUCCUCACGCAGAUGCUCGCAUACGGGGAAGUGUACAAUCGAGAUUUCCUGUCGGAGAAAUUGCUUUUGACCGACAUCCAGUUCACUGCGUGCAUGAACCCCAAGGCUGGGUCUUUCAUGAUCAACCCGCGCCUGCAGCGCCGCUUCACUGUGAUGACGACGUUUACGCCCACUGGCCAACUCAUCUCCAGCAUCUACACUGCCAUCCUCUCCAAGCACUUGGGGGGAUUUGUGCCAGCCAUACAGAAGCUCUGCGAACCCAUCGUGACUGCAACGAUCGAGACGUUGACAACCAUCCUGAACACGCAGUGCUUCCUGCCGUCGGCCUCCAAGUUUCACUAUCAGUUCAACUUGAAGGACAUCUCCAACAUCUUCCAGGGACUGCUGAACACCAACUCGCAGCUCUACAAGGAUGGCGCGCCGAAGUUCGCCCGUGUGUGGUUGCACGAGUGCUACCGGGUCUUCUCGGAUCGUCUCGUGUCCAAAGAGGACCAGGCGGAGCUCCAAGUCAUCCUCGAAAAGGCAGCCGGGAAAGCAUUCGCCGGCAUGUCCAAGGAGGACCUUUUCGCCCAGCCGUUGAUUUUUACUUCGUUCGUCUCGCAGGCGGGCGGCAACGAGAGGCAAUACCUGCCAGUGAAGGACGGGGCGCACCUGAAGAAGGUGGUGGAAGACAAGCUCAACGAGUACAACGAAGCGUACGCGGCCAUGAACCUCGUGCUCUUCGACGACGCCCUUGGGCACAUCUGCCGAAUCUCGCGCAUCACCGACAACCCCUGCGGCAACGCGCUGCUCGUCGGUGUCGGCGGCUCUGGCAAGCAGUCGCUGGCGCGCUUGGGCAGUUUCAUCAAUAACCAGGACGUACUCAGCAUCCUCGUGAACCAGAGCUACGGGCUGGCAGACCUGAAGGUGGAUCUCCAGGAGUUCUACAAAAAGGCCGCCGUGAAGCCAGGCCUCCCGCACUGCUUCCUGAUGACCGACGGCCAGAUCGCGGACGAGCGCUUCCUCGUUGACAUCAACGACAUGCUCUCCAGCGGGAACAUCCCGGACCUCUUCAGCCGCGAGGAGUACGACGGCAUCUUCGCGGGGGUGCGCAAUGCGGCCAAGGCCGGGGGGUACUCCGAUGACCGCGAUGGCCUCUUUGCGUUCUUCAUCGACAAGGUGCGCAAGAACCUGCACUUCACCCUCUGCCACUCUCCGGUCGGGGACGACUUCCGCAUCCGCGGCCGCAAAUUUCCCGCUCUGAUCAGCUGUACGGUCGUCGACGAGUUCAUGCCGUGGCCCCGCGACGCCUUGGACGGAGUCGCCAGACGCUUCUUGGUCGACUUGCAGUCCGCUGGCAAUAUCAGCGACGAUAACAUGUUGAGCGCCGUUGCGGCUCACAUGGCCGAGGUGCAUCUUUCCAUCGAUGCCGCCAACAAGAACUUCCUCCAGAUGGAGCGCAGGUACAAUUACACCACUCCCAAGUCCUUCCUUGAGCUGAUCAGCUUCUACAUUCAGAUGCUGACGAAGAAGCAGUCUGGGGUAACCUUCAACUGCGACCGCCUGGAACGAGGUCUGGCCAUCAUGGAGCAGGUCCAGAGCAAGGUGGAAGGUCUGAAGGAGGACCUGAACAUUACGAUGGUGCAGGUGGAGGAGAAGAAGGCGGCCACGGCUAUCCUCAUCGAGCAGGUCACUAAGGCCAAAGAUCAUGCAGCCGUAGAGAAGGCCAAGGCGGACGAGGAGGAGGCCAAGACCACGCUGCUGGCAUCAGAAGCUGCGGCGCUGCAAGCAGAGGCCGACGGAGAGCUGAAGGAGGCGAUGCCCGCCAUGGAAGCCGCCAAGGAAGCGGUCAAUUGUCUGGACAAGAAUUCAAUUUCUGAGCUGAAGCAGCUGCCGAAGCCUCCCCCCGAGUGCGUGGAGGUCUCUGCGGCCUGCGCUUUCCUGCUGAAGAACGAAAAAAAGAAGAUAGCCUGGCCGGCAGCUCAGAAGAUGAUGAACAAUCCGAACGCGUUCCUCGAGGACGUGAAGGCAUAUAGCCCCGAGGGGUCGGCGGAUCCCGGAGCAGACGCUUAA